AUGCCACAUGCAUUAACCGCCACCAAUUUGGCUCCGAGCUACACCGCGCCCGAUGGAAAAGAAUACAGGGCCGGGGAUGUCGAUCACUGGAACCUUUGGUGGAGAUUGGGCGCACCAAAUUCAGCUUAUAAUAGACAACUAAAACCCUGGCAAUUUACUAAUCAUAUACCUAGAGGAUCGCAAUUCUGCAGGAAGGAUAAUUUGGCUAGAUUUUUGAAAUGUAUGAAGAAGGUGUACGGAGCAAUUUACGAUUUUACACCAGAAGGAUAUGCGUUACCGCUAGACUAUUUGAAAUUAGCCGCCGAAUGCAGUCGCUGCGAUUCCCGGACAGUACUUCGUGAGGGCUGCGAUGAUUCAGCACUACAUCAGGCCGGAUCUGAAAACAGCAACGCACCCGUAUGGAUUUGCAAACCUGUGGGACGAAGCCAGGGAAAAGGCAUCUUUCUGUUCAGACACCUGAGCGAACUGAGCUACGACAGCAGCGCAGUCGUCCAGCGAUACGUCCAGAAUCCGUUACUAAUCGGCGGCUACAAGUUCGACUUACGCCUAUACGUAUGCGUUCCGAGUUAUAGGCCGCCGGUGGUUUAUUUGUAUCGCGAAGGUCUCGCUCGAUUCAGUACAGACAAAUUCACGCUAAACGAUCUGGAAAAUCCAUUCAGGCAUCUGACUAAUUGCAGCAUCAAUAAACUAGGACCUAAAUAUGCCGAGUGGAAGGAAAGAGUUGGAAUGGGAUGUAAAUGGACUUUGCGCCAAUUGCGUAUGUAUCUAAGCCAGAAUGGAAUACGGGACUGGUUGUUAUGGCAACGUAUAUCGUGUUUAGUGGCUCUUACAAUUCUAGCCCAGGCUGCAGCCGUACCUCAAUGUUCAAACUGUUUUGAAUUUUUUGGAUUUGAUGUACUUGUAGACGAAGAAUUACGCCCUUGGCUUUUGGAGGUCAAUAUUUCACCAGGUUUAGGAAACGACUGUGAUGUAGACAGUACAGUCAAAAAACCGUUGCUGCACGAAAUGUUUGAUUUGCUUGGUUUGCCGGUUUGUCCAACUGGGCUUCAAGCACUUUUUCAAGGGGCGCAAUACAACCAAAGCCAAGAGUAA